CCGACUUCUUCUUCACCCAAACCCCCAACCUCCAACCACGACCUGCGACAUCUCGUCCACCGUGUUCUAGCUGAAGCCGCUAAUCUGCUCCGUAAUUCGAGUCCCUUCUGAUACUUGCCAUCGACGACAAAAUGGAUCGCAUCAAGGAGAAAAUGAACCAGCUCCGCCUGGAGGCCGAGGAGUCGGCCAGCAAGGUUGAGGAGCUCCAGAACAAAGUCAAGACGCUCGAGCAGGAGAACCUGCAGAAGGAGCAGGAGAUCAUUUCUCUUACGCACAAGAACAAUGUGCUUGAGGCGGAGGUAGACAAACUCGAAGCUCAAGUCAAGGAACUCAAGGCCGCCGCCAGUGAAGGCCAGCAGCACGGAACCCAGAACGAAACGCUGACUCGAAGGCUCCAACUUCUCGAGGAAGAGGCCGAGGAAGCAGACCGUACUUUGCGGGAGGCCAACGAGAAACUGCGGCAGACCGAUGUUAAGGCUGGGCACUUCGAGCGGAAAGUCCAGGCUCUCGAGCAGGAGCGCGACCAGUGGGAGGCCAAAUACGAGGAGAUGGCCAGGAAGUACGCCGCCGUGCAGAAGGAGCUGGAGGACUUCCAGAACGAGAUCAACACCAUCUAAGCAUUGCGCUUCUUGGCCGGAAUGCGGGUUUCGUUGCGUCGAUCUCUUUAGCACGGAUUCGAGAUAUUUACGUGUGGCAUCUCACAUCGAUGGAGGAGGAUUGGAGGUGUAUCAGCCGUUUAGCACUGUCCAGGUAAAGUGUUGCGAAACACUGAGACCACAUUCCCCUCCUUGUCCAACCGGGUUGUGUGGAGUGGUUCGUGACGACGGGCUUUUAAAGGAAUGCCUUGGGCUGAACUGCAUUAUUAUCGUUUCCUCCUCUUUGCCCUCUGUUUCCGCGCUUCCAACUCUCGUUCAAUCUUGUUUCCAUACCGAAACUUCUUUUUCUUCUU